GUUGAGGUCAGAGGAGGCGGGCAACGCGUCCAAAACCAGCGCCUGCGCGUGCUCAAGGCAACCAGGAGCAGAGAGAUCGAGCGUGCGGCUUGGGUAGCCGGAUUCCGUGACACCACCUGGGCCACGCGCCACCACGUCCUGCCCGGCAUGGAGGGCGAGUGCCGGGUGCUCUCCAUCCAGAGCCAUGUCGUCCGAGGCUACGUGGGCAACCGAGCCGCCAUGUUCCCGCUGCAGGUUUUGGGAUUUGAGGUUGAUGCCGUGAACUCUGUGCAGUUUUCCAACCACACAGGCUACGCCCAUUGGAAGGGCCAAGUGCUGAAUUCACAGGAACUCCAUGAGCUGUACGAAGGCCUCAAGAUAAACAGUGUGAAUAAGUACGACUACGUGCUCACUGGUUACACGAGAGACAAGUCCUUCCUGGCCAUGGUGGUGGACAUCGUACGGGAGCUGAAGCAGCAGAACCCCCGGCUCGUGUACGUGUGUGAUCCCGUGAUGGGCGACAAGUGGAACGGCGAAGGCUCCAUGUACGUCCCCCAGGACCUCCUUCCCGUGUACAGGGAGAAAGUGGUGCCCGUGGCAGACAUCAUCACUCCCAACCAGUUUGAGGCUGAGUUGCUGAGUGGCAGAAAAAUCCACAGUGAGGAGGAGGCACUGGAGGUGAUGGACAUGCUGCACUGCAUGGGUCCUGACACAGUGGUCAUCACCAGCUCUGACCUGCCCUCCCCACAGGGCAAUGACUACCUGAUCGCCCUGGGCAGCCAGAGGAUGCGGAAGCCUGAUGGCUCCACGGUGACCCAACGCAUCCGGAUGGAGAUGCGCAAAGUGGAUGCCGUCUUCGUGGGCACUGGGGACCUCUUCGCUGCCAUGCUUCUGGCGUGGACACACAAGCACCCAGACAACCUGAAGGUGGCCUGUGAGAAAACCGUGUCCGCCAUGCAGCACGUGCUGCAGAGGACCAUCCGGUGUGCCAAAGCUCAAGCAGGAGAAGGAAAGAAGCCCAGCCCGGCUCAGCUGGAGCUGAGGAUGGUCCAGAGCAAAAAGGACAUCGAGGACCCCGAGAUUGUGGUGCAGGCCACGGUGCUGUGAGGGCCGUGCAUUCGCCCCGACACACCGUGUCCCGGGGUCUCUGUUUUCAUCCCUGUGAAAGCUGUAACGUCUGCCUUAGAGCCAUGACUGACACUUGACAUUUUAUUCCUUCCUGAGGGUCGGGUCUCAGCUGGUCUCAAUGGUGAAAAUGUGCCAUCAUGUUUUUUUAAAAAAAUAAUAACAAAGCCGUCGCAGAAAUAUGUGACUCAGAAACAUGGCCCCUUCUCCCCCAAGGCUCUGGGCCUACUGACUGCCUCUUGUUGACUCAUAGGUGUGUGGGAGGCAGGGUGGAGUAGGCAAGCCUGCUGCCCGUGGACCCUUGUGUUAGCCAUGGGCUGCCAUUGCCCCCAGAUUCCUGCGGGGAUUAGGACUAGGCCUGCGGUGGCAUUAUUUUUAAAUUGGGUUAAGUCUUAACCAUGGCAUCUGGAAGAAUUACGCCAAAUGUCUUCAUUGCCGUUUGGGUCUUACCCUUGCUCCUGCACCAGAGUUUCUGUGUGUGUCUCUGCUGCUCUCUGUGUCUCCGAGGACGUCACACUUACCCAGCUGUGGACUCUGGGAAGGU